GACAGAAAGCGGCUGCGUAGAAAUGAGCAGUAAGAAACCAGACGACCUCGACAAAGUUGUCGCAAAAACAGCUAUAUGUAUAUAAACAGCAUGCGAAUAGGGAGAGGCAAAUAAUUAUGUUUUCCAGUUGGUGUAUAAAAAGUGAAAAGAAGAGAAGAGAGCCAAAGCUUGGAAUGUUUCCAAGCACCAAACCAUUCGCACGCUUAACCCAACCAGAUCGCUGCCAAACCGUUAUGUCCCAAGCGAACAACAACCACAACAACCAAGUUAAAGAAAUAGCAAGCAACGUCAUGCUGAGAGCCACUGUUGCGACCACUUCCAAUAAGCAAAACGAAAGACUUCAAUUCAGUUUGGCGAAGACAACGAACUCGAAAAGAGCUUGGCGGCGGACAACGAAAAAAGAUCGAAAGCACAAAAUCACGUCUCUACCGUCUUGUGUCUCCUUCUCCCCAAAAAACGUCAAGAUUUGCACAUUCCAAGAUUGAGCAGGCCCCAAACGCCAGCAACAGCAACCGUGGGAGAUGUCUGCGGUGCGGCAUCGCCCGAUGGCACCACCAGCCGCUGCUGGGGAGCAUGGCGAUAGCGAUGACAACAACUUCACCGACGACGAGAGCUCACCGCUGACACACGAUAUUUAUGGUGGCAGCCAACGCACAAUACAGGAAACAAAAGGCUGGGAUGUGUUUCGUGAUCCGCCGAUUAAAAUCGAGACCGGUUCGACGGCAAAUCAGGCGUGUCUCGAGCUAACCAUUAAGAUUUUGAAAAUCUUCGCCUACAUCUUCACAUUCAUAAUAGUUUUAACUGGUGGUGUUAUUGCCAAGGGCACAGUACUAUUUAUGACCUCGCAAUUGCGCAAGGAUCGCAGAAUAGAAUAUUGCAACAAAGAUCUGGGUCGCGACAAGAGUUUUGUGGUCGUUUUACCCGAGGAGGAGCGCAUUGCCUGGAUCUGGGCACUGGUGAUAGCAUAUUCAUUGCCCGAGUUUGGAACGCUCAUCAGAGCGGCGCGCAUCUGUUUCUUCAAGACGUUCAAGGUGCCAAAGACAGGACACUUUCUGUUCGUCUGGCUGAUGGAGAGCAUGAGCGCCUUGGGCACAGCCCUACUGAUGUUUGUGGUGCUGCCUCAGAUCGAUGCCAUACAGGGCGCCAUGUUAACCAAUUGCCUGUGCGUCAUACCCGGCAUCUUUGGGCUGCUCUCGCGCACCUCGAAGGAGGGCAAACGAUUCAUUAAGAUCAUCAUUGAUCUGGCUGCGGUAGCAGCACAGGUAACUGGUCUCGUCAUCUGGCCGCUGUUGGAGAAUCGUCGCGAACUCUGGGUCAUACCCGUUGCCUGUGUGAUGAUCUCCUGUGGCUGGUGGGAGAACUAUGUGUCAUCCCAAUCGUCAUUGGGACUGGUGCGCUCGUUGGGUCGCAUCAAGGAGGAGUUGCAUAAUACUCGCUACUUUUGCUGCAUGUUCCUGUCGAUUUGGAAGAUCCUGUUGUUCUUCUGCGUCACACUGCUCAUCUAUUGGGCCUACGGCGAGGAGCCGAGCAAUCUAUUUAGCCUCUAUGGCGAUGCCUUCGGUCCGCAUAAGAUCAUUGUCUAUGAGCUGCCGGCGAGUUUGGGUGGCGUACUACCUGAUACUUUGGAAUCGGCUAACAUUGAUACAGUUGAUUUGGAUGCUAGCUAUAAUACUGUCGUUUAUGUUUUGCUCCUGCAGAUCUUUGGCGCCUAUUUUUGCUAUAUAUUUGGCAAGUUUGCAUGCAAGAUUUUAAUUCAGGGUUUCAGUUAUGCUUUUCCCGUCAGUCUAACCGUUCCAAUUGCCGUCUCCUUGCUGAUCUCGGCCUGCGGCAUACGCAUUGAUGAUCCAUGCUUCUUCCACGACACCAUACCGGACUAUCUCUUCUUUGCCAGUCCAUCCAAUUUUCGAUUUAAUAACUUUGUUACGGAACAAAUGGCCUGGGCCUGGAUAUUGUGGCUAUUGAGUCAGACGUGGAUAGCGUUGCACAUUUGGACACCAAAAUGCGAGAGAUUGGCGACCACAGAGAAAAUCUUUGUGAGGCCCAUGUAUUCAGCUCUACUCAUCGAUCAGUCCAUGGCACUGAAUAGAAGACGCGAUGACCAGGCGGAUGUCAAAACGGAAGAUCUUUCGGAGAUCGAAAAGGAAAAGGGCGAUGAGUAUUAUGAGACGAUCUCCGUGCACACGGAUCGUUCCUCGGCGCCAAAUAAGCCCUCGAUUAAAUCAUCGGAUAAUAUAACUCGGAUCUACACUUGCGCCACCAUGUGGCAUGAAACCAAAGAUGAAAUGAUCGAGUUCUUAAAGAGCAUUAUGCGCAUGGACGAGGAUCAGUGUGCCCGGCGUGUGGCACAAAAGUAUUUGCGUGUCCUCGAUCCGGAUUACUAUGAAUUUGAAACACACAUAUUUUUCGAUGAUGCCUUUGAGAUAUCGGAUCACAGUGAUGAUGAUAUUCAAUGCAAUCGUUUCGUUAAACUCCUGAUUGCCACCAUGGAUGAGGCAGCCUCUGAGAUUCAUCAGACAACGAUACGACUGAGGCCACCCAAAAAAUACCCAACACCCUAUGGCGGUCGAUUGAUGUGGACGCUGCCUGGUAAGACCAAGUUUAUAGCACAUCUGAAGGAUAAGGAUCGGAUACGUCAUCGCAAGCGUUGGUCCCAGGUCAUGUAUAUGUACUAUCUGCUGGGACAUCGUCUGAUGGAAUUGCCCAUUUCGGUGGAUCGCAAGGAUGCGAUUGCAGAGAAUACCUAUUUGCUUACACUGGAUGGUGAUAUUGAUUUCAAGCCGAAUGCAGUCACUCUACUCGUGGAUUUAAUGAAGAAGAAUCGCAAUCUGGGUGCAGCCUGCGGACGCAUUCAUCCCGUUGGCUCUGGGCCAAUGGUGUGGUAUCAGCUCUUUGAGUAUGCUAUUGGUCAUUGGCUGCAGAAGGCCACCGAGCAUAUGAUUGGAUGUGUCUUGUGUUCACCGGGAUGCUUCUCACUGUUCCGUGGCAAGGCACUGAUGGAUGACAAUGUGAUGAAGAAGUAUACAACGAAACCGACCGAGGCCCGUCAUUAUGUCCAGUACGAUCAAGGUGAGGAUCGUUGGCUCUGCACCCUGCUGCUGCAACGUGGCUAUCGAGUGGAGUAUUCAGCUGCCUCGGAUGCCUACACUCACUGCCCGGAGGGCUUCAAUGAGUUCUACAAUCAGCGACGUCGCUGGGUGCCAUCGACCAUAGCAAACAUCAUGGAUCUCUUGGGUGAUGCGAAGCGAACGAUUAAGAUCAAUGAUAACAUAUCGUUGCUAUAUGUUUUCUAUCAGAUGAUGUUGAUGGGUGGCACCAUUUUGGGACCAGGCACAAUCUUUCUUAUGUUGGUGGGCGCUUUUGUGGCCGCCUUUCGCAUCGACAAUUGGACAUCGUUUCACUAUAAUAUUGUGCCAAUAUUGGGAUUUAUGGUCAUCUGUUUCACCUGUAAAUCGAAUAUACAACUGUUUGUUGCCCAGGUGCUAUCCACGUGCUAUGCACUGAUUAUGAUGGCUGUCAUUGUGGGUACAGCUUUGCAGUUGGGUGAGGACGGUGUCGGAUCGCCAUCGGCCAUCUUUUUGAUAUCGAUGGUGGGCUCAUUCUUUAUAGCCGCAUGUUUGCAUCCGCAAGAAUUUUGGUGCAUAACAUGCGGCUUAAUCUAUUUGCUGUCCAUACCCUCUAUGUAUCUGCUGCUCAUCCUCUAUUCGAUUAUCAAUCUGAACGUUGUCUCCUGGGGCACUCGCGAGGUGGUGGCCAAGAAAACCAAGAAGGAAUUGGAGGCGGAAAAGAAGGCAGCCGAGGAGAACAAGAAGCGUGUGAAGCAGAAGAGCAUGUUGGGUUUCCUGCAAAGUGGCAUCGGUGACAACGAUGAUGAGGAGGGUUCCAUUGAGUUCUCGCUGGCGGGCUUAUUCCGUUGUGUAUUCUGCACCCAUGGCAAGACAUCAGAUGAGAAACAGCAGCUGACUACAAUUGCCGAUUCGUUGGAUACGAUUAAACAGCGCAUUGAUACGAUUGAGAGUGCUGUGGAUCCACAUGGUCAUCAUGCCUCGCGUCACAAUCGACGCCGUACUACUUCGGGUGGAUCGAAGGAUCAUCAUUUGCUCACAUCGGUAGCGGAAAAAUCAGGCGAUGAAUCAGACGAGUCGGAUUCGGAUACGUCUGCGGAACCGAAACAGGAACGCGACUUCCUAACGAAUCCCUAUUGGAUUGAGGAUCCCGAUGUCCGCAAGGGUGAGGUGGACUUUUUGUCCAGUUCGGAAAUACAAUUCUGGAAGGAUCUGAUCGAUCAGUACUUGUAUCCCAUCGACAAUGAUCCCGUGGAGCAGGCCCGUAUAGCAAAAGAUCUUAAAGAGCUGCGCGACUCGUCGGUCUUUGCGUUCUUCAUGAUCAACGCUCUGUUCGUGCUGAUCGUGUUCCUGCUGCAGUUGAACAAGGAUAACAUUCACGUCAAGUGGCCCUUUGGCGUGCGCACGAAUAUCACUUAUGACGAGUCCACCCAGGAGGCACGCAUAGCCUCCGAUCUGAUUGAGCUGCGCAAUAAGUCGGUGUUUGCGUUUUUCAUGGCCAACGCCUUAUUCGUAUUGAUUGUCUUCUUGUUGCAAUUGAAUAAGGAUAAAUUGCAUAUUAUUUGGCCGUUGGGCGUCAAAACGAACAUUACGUAUAUCGAAGAGACAUCUGAGGUACACAUUUCCAAGGAGUAUCUACAACUUGAGCCGAUUGGUUUGGUUUUUGUCUUCUUCUUUGCCUUAAUUUUGGUCAUACAAUUUACGGCCAUGUUGUUCCAUCGCUUUGGCACCCUAUCACACAUCCUGGCCUCUACCGAGUUGAAUUUCUGCAAAAAGAAAUCAGAGGACUUGACUCAAGAUCAAUUAAUAGACAAGCACGCGGUGGAAAUAGUUAAGAACCUGCAACGCUUGCAGGGUAUCGAUGGGGAUUAUGAUAAUGAUUCCGGUUCGGGACCCGAUCGCAUCGCACGACGCAAGACGAUACAAAACUUGGAGAAAGCCCGUCAGCCGCGUCGUCAAAUUGGCACCUUGGAUGUGGCGUUCAAGAAGCGUUUCCUCAAGCUAACAGCGGAUGCGGAAAACAAUCCGGCGACGCCGAUACUCACGCGUCGCCUGACCAUGCGGGCAGAGACCAUCCGCGCGCUGGAGGUCAGGAAGAACUCCGUGAUGGCGGAACGACGCAAAUCGGCAAUGCAAACGUUGGGCGCCAAAAAUGAGUAUGGCAUAACCACAGCGCCGCUGCCGGUCAAUAACAAUGGCGCUGUGACCAAUCAGCGAAGCGGACGCAUUUCCAAUGCAGGAAUCAGCAUCAAGGAUGUAUUCAAUGUAAAUGGUGGACCUGGAGAGCAAAUUUAUGGCUCGAAUGGCGGCGGUACCAUCAACCAGGGCUACGAGCAUGUCAUCGAUGAGGAUGGCGAUGGUAACUCCCUACGUUUGACCACCCGCAAUCCGCAUCAGGUAUCCUGGGGUCAAAAUGUGGCUGGCAAUAACACGGGACGUUUGUAAACUACCUAUGAUCAUACAAUUAAUGCAUCUAUUUAGACUACUGUUAAGUUAGCAAUUUAUAAAGGACGAACAACAUUUAUGAAAGAAGAAUCAAAAUUAGAGUUUAUAGUCAAAAAAACAAACAUUUAUUGUUAAAUUGUAUAUAUAUGUACAAAGGACAUAGCAGGAUCCUUGUCAACACACAACGAAUAUUAUGAUUAGCUAAUCACACUGCCAGUGUUAGUUUCGAAUAGUGAAUUGUCAGCCCGAUGGGCAACAGCAACAUUCAUACUAUAUACAUACUAUAUCAAUUGUUAGGUUAGCUUUAAGAAAUUGUGAUGCUGGCGUUCCCCUUUGUGGGACUGUCGACCUAAACACAAUACCAGUGAAUGCUGACACAUAAUACUCAUUGUAAAGCUGAUUUGAAAGUGCAGCAGCAAAAAAAAAUAAAAAAUCCCUAUUUAUAUACAUUCAUGAAUCUUGCUAUAAUAGUUUCUAAAUAACUCAAAUACUGUCAACUUUUUGGAUACAUUUUACAUAUGUAUA